AUGCUUGCACUUCGUGCUGGUCUUCGUGCUGUUGCUCCCCGUGCUGCUGUCCCGAUGCAGGGCCGUGCGAUGCUUUCGACAUCGCUGCCGCGUCUCUCGCCCGUGGCCGAUGCGGCGUCGUCGUACUCGUGCAUUCAGGUGAGCGAUCCGGCGGCGGGUGUGCGCCUGGUGACGCUGAACCGUCCCAAGGCGUUGAACGCGCUGAACUCGGAGCUGUUCCACGAGCUGAACGAUGCUGCUGCGAAGGCCGAUGAGGACCCGAGCAUCGGUGCGAUUGUCAUCACUGGCAGUGAGAAGGCGUUUGCGGCGGGUGCGGAUAUCAAGGAGAUGCGUGACAUGACGUACGCCCAGGCGUACAAGACCAACUUUUUGGGCCACUGGUCGAAGCUGACGCAGGUCCGCAAGCCGAUCAUUGCCGCAGUGAAUGGCUACGCGCUGGGCGGCGGCUGUGAGUUGGCGAUGAUGACCGACAUUAUCCUUGCGUCGCCCACAGCGGUGUUUGGCCAGCCGGAGAUCAACCUCGGUGUGAUCCCGGGUGCCGGUGGUACGCAGCGCCUUACGCAUGCCAUCGGCAAGAGCCGCACGAUGGAGAUCGUGCUGACAGGCAGCAACCUGACCGCCGACGAGGCGGAGAAGGCCGGCCUGAUUGCGCGUGUGGUGCGCGAGGGCAGCGUCGUGGACGAGGCUGUGAAGGUCGCUGGCAAGAUCGCCAAGAAGAGCCAGAUUGCUAUCCAGGCCGCGAAGGAGGGCGUCAAUGCCGCGUUCGAUCUCCCGCUCAACGAAGGUCUGCGUCUGGAGCGUCGUCUGUUCCAGUCGCUCUUCUCGACGCACGACCAGAAGGAGGGUAUGACCGCGUUCACGGAGAAGCGCAAACCGUCGUUCAAGAACGAGUAA